AUGGCGAAACAUGACUGUGAAAAUAAGGAGGGUCUUGAGACGAGGCCAAAGAAAAAGUCCAAAACUGAAAGGUACCCAAAACAAAAGAAUGUGAAGCCUCAGCAAGGACACAUUCAUGACCUUUCUCAAUCAUUCGCGCCAGAAGGCAACGUGUCCCAAUCUGAAAUUGAUGAGUUCAUGGAGAAAAAUACUAUUAAGAUAACUGAUAUAACUAUUGGAAAUGAGGCUUUUCGCCCGAUCUUGUCAUUUUCACAACUUCCGCCCUGUGAUAGCGACAUUUACGGGCCGUUGAGGUCGUUUACCUCGCCAACAGCCAUCCAGUCGACCACCUGGCCAUUUAUUUUUGCCGGCCGUGAUGUUAUUGGCAUUGCAGAAACUGGAAGUGGAAAGACCCUUGCUUUCGGUCUUCCUUGCUUAAAGAAGAUACAAGAUUACGGGAAAAAGAAAAAACGGAGAUCCGCUCAACCAGUGGCCGUGAUAAUUUCUCCCACUAGAGAGCUCGCGAUGCAGAUAUACGACCAGCUCCUAAAAUUUGCAGAGCACACGGAUAUUCAAUUGGCUUGCAUAUUUGGCGGGGUAAAAAAGGAUGAGCAGCGUGAGAGUCUGAAAAAAGCGACAGUUGUCGUUGCGACACCUGGUAGAUUGAAGGACCUCCAGAAUGAUGGCUCAGUGGACCUGGGGAAAGUAAAGUACCUGGUCUUGGAUGAGGCGGAUCGGAUGCUGGAUAAGGGUUUUGAACAGGAUAUAAGGGACAUCAUUCGGUCCAUGCCCACAAGCCGGCGCCAAACUGUUAUGUUUACUGCAACAUGGCCUCCAGUUGUCAGAGAUCUUGCGUCUACCUUCAUGAAUACGGCUGUGACUGUCACAAUUGGCGGAGAUCCAUCUGCGGAUCCGCGUGCGAACACGCGGAUAAAACAGGUCGUGGAAGUGGUGCAGUCUCGAGACAAAGAAUCUAGACUUGUACAGUUGCUCAAUCGAUGCCAGCGAGGGGUGUCAGCUCCUGAAAAAGUUUUGGCCUUUUGUUUAUACAAGAAAGAAGCAGUUCGUAUUGAAAGACUACUUCGCUCAAAGGGAUUUAGAGUUGUUGGAAUACACGGUGAUUUGAAUCAGCAAGAACGAUUCAAGAGCUUGGAGGCUUUUAAAACGGGAGCUGCUACUGUCCUUGUUGCAACUGAUGUGGCAGCUCGCGGUCUCGACAUACCUUCAGUUAAACUUGUCAUUAAUGUUACAUUUCCCCUCACCGUUGAGGACUAUGUUCAUCGGAUUGGCAGAACUGGACGCGCCGGCGCCGAGGGUCAUGCGAUAACUUUAUUCACAGAAACUGAUAAGGCCCAAUCUGGGGCAUUGAUCAAUGUCCUGAAAGCCGCCAAGCAAGAUGUACCGGAGGAUCUUCUCAAAUUUGGAUCAACUGUUAAGAAGAAACAACACGACGCUUAUGGUGCAUUUUUUAAAGAUGUUGACUCUGGCAAGGCAGCGACAAAGAUAGUUUUUGACGAGUGA